GGGUGGGGUGCAGCGGUGGCAGACAAUCGGUCUUCAGCCAUGCUGUCCGGGGCGCAGCCAUGCUUCCAGCUGCUUCGGAUCGGGCUGUCGACAGGCGACUCUGCGCGGGACCUGUACACGUUCAGGCCGGCUCUGAGCCAAUCGGUGUUCCGCCUGGGUCGGGCGGCGGAGCUGUGCGACGUCACCCUGGACUCGCCGUCGGUGUCGCGUAUCCACGCUGAGCUGCACGCUGAGAAGGAGUCGAGUGAAGAUGAGCCCGAGCAACAGGAGGAGGGCUGGAGGGUCCACAUUAAGGACAGGAGCAGUCAUGGCACAUGGGUCAACGAGGUGCGCCUCCAGCCGGGCAUCCUGUGGGAGCUCUCGGACGGCGACACUCUGAUCUUCGGUGGACAGUCGGCUCCUGGAAGCCCCGAAUUCUACUUCCUCUUCCAGAAGGUCAAAGUUCGGCCACUGGACUUCGAUGCCAUCACAAUUCCAAAGGGGGGAACCUUCUCCUCAGACUUGCAGAACCGUAUUAGGACUAACUUGGACCGUAAGAUGGCAUCCAACCUGGACCUGUCCAGCCUAUCAAUCAACCGGGCCACGGUCAUCCUUAAUUCCAUCGGCAGCCUGAGUAAGAUGAAGGGCAGCGCUUGGACCUUCAAGAGAAGUCACAGCCAUGAAGGAGCCAUCUCGGACCCUGGAACCUCCUCCUCGUCUCCCUUCACCGUGGGCUUCUCCUCCCUGCUUCCUUCAUCAACAUCUCCAUCAUUUUCCUCUGCAGCUUCAGUGCCUUCGACAAAGCCCCUCCAAGUGGCUUCCAGGAGCAGGAGGAAGUCGGCGCACACAGUCCUUCUUGAGGACGACAGUUCAGAUGAGCCCAAAAGUCGAGGAGCCCUGACAGGAAUUGCUGAUGACGGACAAAGAGCGAGACCAAAGAAGAGGCGAAAGCUCUAUAAGUCUGAGUCUGAGGCUUUUAACUCACCACCUCCUCCACUACAGCCCAAGAUCCACAGUGAUAUCCAGAGGCCGCUGGAGGCCAAACCCUUCCCCGUCGGCAUCAGGACCAUCGGCAGCUUCCACGGCGCCAUGACCAACAGCAGACUCAACCACCAGCUCCUCCAGACCUCCUACUCCAAUGUAGCCGUUCACAAACCAGAGGUGGAGACGACACAUCGGGUCAAGACGGUGUUGCACGGCAACAUCGCUGCUUUUCGCCAACAGAAGUCUGCUCAUUGCUCUCUGACUGCACAGAGAGGCAGGCGGAGGGCUAACAGCUCGCCGGUCUUCUCCCCUCUGGUGGUGGGAGGGGAGCACUACAGCCUGGCCUCGCCUUCAGUCAGGAUCCGCGCUGAGGACAGAAGCCGGGUGCAGUUCGGCCGAUUCCAUCAUCCAACAAGUAAACGACGCGGCCGCCCCAGAAAACAUCCUCUCCCUCCUAGACCAUCCCUGCCCUCUCCAUCUUCCUCCUCUUCCUCUUCUACAUCCUCAGCUUCCUCCUCCUCCUCCAGUUCCUCCUCCGGCUCCUCUUCCGACGACGAGGAAGACGAGGAGGGCGUGACGGGUGGGGCGGUGGAGCCGUGUGCAGCACCGCGGUGCCGGCUGCCCCAGCAGGACACGGUGCAGUGGAUCCAGUGCGACGUGUGCGACGCCUGGUACCACAUAGACUGUCUGCACGUGGACCGCAAGAAGCUCCUGAAGGACCCCAACGCCGACUUCCACUGCGGCUGUCGCUGAUGAUCGGAUUACAUUUUUAAGCAUUUAAUUUUUAAACUUUUCAAGUUGCCACAUUUUAUCCUUUAAAUGUUCAUUUCUUUUAGUCAUAAAAGUGGAAAAUGGCACUGAAGAUGGGCUUCACACAUGCAGGUUUUCUCUCACCUCUGAAGCAGCUGGUGAAGGACAGAAAGAAUUCCCUUUGCGACCUUACUGUCUAACAUCGAGCUCACCCACUCUGAGCUUAGGCUUCAUAGGAAGAGGAGCGAACUUUGAUUAAAUGUUUGUCUUUGCUUUCACUCCUCAGAGAAGUGAGAUCAAUGUGGGAAAAACUCGAAACUCUUUGAGUGCCUUCCCACUUCAGCUGCUGUUGAGCACAGAUGGAGUUGUAUUCAGGAAGAUUAAUGAAAUGCAUAUGUUUCUGCUGCUGUGUUCAUUCGUCUUUAACCAUCGAGGCCAGUUCUCCUCCAGUAAACACUUUGCUUAUGUGGCCACCUCAGCGCCCAGGAGUCGGCGUGUGAUGCUUCCAGGCAAAUAAAUGCCAAAAAUGUGUCAGCAGACUUCUGAUGCUGCUCCUGAGAGGUGCUUUCAGGAUGAUAAUCAAAUGUUUCAAGGCACUUCUACAGAAUCAGUUGCUGGAUUUCAAGAGCGUUAUCUUGAACGUGUGGCAGUAGCCGCUGGGGAGGACUCAUUACCAGUGAGAUGAAAUAUCACCUGCAGAUGUAACACGAUAUUCAUAAAGUGAUCUCAUCAUUUGUAACUAGUGAGUUGAGUUUUAAUGGUAGAGAUUAUUUUUUUAAGGGCUUUUUUUUCAGGUCAGUUUCCACCUUUUAAGAGACCACUCACACUACUGAACUCUUGUACCAAAGCAGAACACGGCUGCACCUGACUGAGCUUUGUCUGUGAAUGUGUGGUUAAGAUCUUCAUUCAGGUGCUGGGAAUCUGUAGAGCUCCAAAUUCUUUUAAGCACCUUUUAUUUGAUUCCAGAUUCCUACAUGGGAGAGCUUAUUGGGACAAAAACAAAACAAAAAAAAAACCUCUGAUUCUUAAACUUGCACCACUUUUCUAAUCUUUAUAACAAUUCUGCCUCAGUGUUUCAUGUAGUUUAAAUGCUAAAUAUUACUAUAAAAAGGAAUUUACCAACCUUGCUGCAAGCUUAAGAACAUGAAGAAAAAAUGUAGAAAAAAAAAUCUAAACCAAUAACUUAAUGCAAAUAAUACAAAAAGGAAAAAAAAGUCAAAUAUGUAUUUUGAUGUUUGUGGUUGAUUUUGUUGAUGCAGACAUUGUUUUCAUUGAGGCUGGAGACUGGAAAUAACUGCCUCAUCUCAGCAGUGCUUACUGGACAAUGAGCUGUUAGAGGUCCGUCGCUUGGAUCCAAAUCCCAAUAAACAAACUGUUUAGUCGCCAAAAGACUCAAGUUUCACUUAAAUUUGUACUUUUUUUAUGUGUAACAUAGAAUGAAAAAUGCAGCUUUGGAAAGAGGUGCUAUUAAAUCACACAGGUCCUGUCACACACUGACCUCAUACUAGAACAAGUUUAAAGGCCCUACAGUUCACUGAAUGUAAAUGGGGGGUUAACUAUGUUUAAAAUGUUUUAAAGAAAUAUUUUGUGUAGUUUAAAAUCACAGUAAAGAUGUUACCUGUUCUGAGUCUUUAAAAUUUGAGCUCUGAUGAUAUUAAAUAACUUUACAUCAUCGCCACCGCCUCAGUGGUUCAGCGUUAAGGCGUGCUGAGCUAACGCACCUCGCCGUGCACCUGUUUUUCCACUUUGAUGUGGGAAACCAGACACUUGCAGAUUUCUUUAACUGAGUUACAGAUGUGUUAAAAUGAGGUGACGGUGAGAAGUUUUAAUGGCAGACAUUGAAAAAGCUUCAAACCAGAGGUAUGAAAUAAUAUUGUAAUGAGUUUUAAAAGUAAAAUGUUCAGAUUAAAACUCCAAAGGAUUGCAGAGAAAUUCUAAUGAAUGGGUUGACAGUUUUAAGGAGAUUAUAAUACCAACACGCUGUGAGGUUUACUGGAAAUGUUAUUGUUCAGGCUGGUUGUCAAGCAGGGAUCUCAAAUUCUAGACCUCAAUGACCCUGUUCUGCAGGUUUUAGAUACUUCCCUGCUUCAACACACUCAAUUGAAGCAGGGAAACAUCUAAAACUUGCAGGACAGGGGCCCUUGAGGACCAGAGUUCCACAGUGUAAAUAAAUGAGGCUUCAGUAAGUUAAGGUGGAUGUUUUAAGUGCAACAAAAUUCCUUCAUUGUGUUUCCCCAAACAGUGUUUGAGUGAAUUUUGCACUAAAGACUGCGAGUCAGCAGCUUUUAUUACAGUCAGUAAUCAUUGGAAGGAGGUCUCUUUAUGGCCAGUGAGGGAAGAAAGAGGGAUUUCUGUAAUUUGCAGUUGGCCUUAUGGGGGGUAUUAUUGAAGGGGAAGUUUAAAAAAGAAAAACAACCUGUUUGCAUCCAGCAGGGAAAUCUUGAGCUGCAUAUCCACACAUUGAUUGAAAAAGUAUUGAUAAAUGUUUAAUGAAAUUUUUUUUCUGUUUGUAGGCUUCUGUUCUGCAGCUUAAACUGAUUUGGUUAAAGCAUAAUUGGCUAACUGCAGAUUUGAAGACUUUUUGUAUCAUCUUUUAAGGCUUUGACGGAUCAGAUCAGGUCGGCGGCCAGCAGACCGUCUGAUCAUUAUGUGCCGUGGUCGUGUCUUUGUGCUCAUAUCAUCUGUUGAAUCUGUAGCACGCUCCGUUUCCUGAUGUAAUCCCACUAUGCUGCACUUGUGAGGUGAAAUGAUCAGAGCUCAAAUAUGUAGAUAAUCAAAAGGUUUGUUUUUUUUGUGUAAAGCAGCACAUGGUUCACGGAUCAAGCUUUGCAGGAUUUUUACACUGUCUUCACUUUAAUUAUCACAUUGAAAUGCAGCAGUUUGAUUUUUGUUGGUUUUUUUUGGUGUACAGAAUUAAACCUCUUGUAAUUUGAGAUGUCACAAGCAUCAAAGUUAUCAGAGGAGAAAAAUAAAGAAUAUAAAGGAAAAGUA